AUGAAGAAGCGCUCCAAUUCACGUGGCACCCCGACCUCGUCGGGCGAUGUGGUGCUGCCCGCCGCCUCCUCCUCCGCCGGCGACGCCGAUGGGGAUCAUCCCGCCUUCAAGACGGGGGCGGCCAGCGCCCCGGCCACGCCCACCAAGCGGCGGGACGGAAGCGACGGCAGUGGCAGCAGUGCGGGCGCCAGGAGGAAACGGAAGGAGGAGAUCGCCCAGACCUUUGUGAUCGUCAACGAACGUCCUGUGGACGACAUAUCGCUGGACUUCUUCUACAAGCCACACACCAUCACCCUGCUGGCUGUUUCCGUCCUCGCCGUCAUGUACUUCGCAUUCGUCAGAAACGAGGCGAACGUGGAUGAAAAUCUCUGGGCCGGCCUUCUCUGCAUUGUGUUCUUCUUUCUGAUCAUCUCGGUGAUUGCAUUUCCCAAUGGACCCUUCACCCGUCCCCAUCCCGCCUUCUGGCGGAUAUUGUUCGGAUGUUCCGUGCUGUACCUGCUGGCGUUACAAUUUAUGAUGUUCCAAAACUAUCCGACCAUCAGGAGCAUAUUCUACUGGAUCGAUCCGAAGUUGAAGAACUUCCACAUCGAUAUGGAAAAGGAAUAUGGCGUUAAUUGCUCGGACAUCAGUUGGGAUCGCGUAAAAGGUCAUCUGGACGUCUUUGCCUGGGGUCACUUUUUGGGAUGGGCCUUCAAGGCCAUCUUGAUCCGUCACAUGGGCAUUCUGUGGGCCAUUUCCGUCAUGUGGGAGAUCACCGAGAUCACCUUUGCUCAUCUGCUGCCCAACUUCAUCGAGUGCUGGUGGGAUGCUCUCAUCCUAGAUGUCAUCAUCUGCAACGGCCUGGGCAUUUGGAUGGGUCUCAAGAUCUGCCAGAUCCUCGAGAUGCGCGAGUACAAGUGGGCCAGUAUCAAGGACAUAUCCAGCACCACGGGUAAAAUCAAGCGAGCCAUGCUGCAGUUUACGCCGGAGAGCUGGUCAGCCAUCCGCUGGCUGGAUCCCAAGUCCACGGCGAUGAGAUUCGCCGCCGUCAUUCAGCUGGUGAUCUUCUGGCAGGUCACCGAGCUGAACACAUUCUUCUUGAAGCACAUCUUCGAGAUGCCGCCGGAUCACUUUAUUGUGGUCGGUCGCCUCAUAUUCAUCGGACUGUUUGUGGCGCCUUCGGUUAGGCAAUACUACGUAUAUGUCACCGACACACGCUGCAAGAGAGUCGGCACCCAGUGUUGGGUUUACGGCGCCAUCAUGGUCUCCGAAGCCAUUCUGUGCAUCAAGAAUGGCAAGGAGUUGUUUGAGCGCACGCAAGCCAUCAACAUUGUCCUGUGGCUGACUAUCCAAGUGAUAAUCUCGGUGGCAUUUGUCUACCUGGCAGUUUACUGGCAGCAACGGCAGCUAAAAAAGGUUUCUUCGACGCCGACGAAAAGAAAAGAAAGCAGUCCUGCCGUCUCAUCUUCGCCUUCUAAAGGUAAAUUAUCGCCGCAAAAAGAGAAGAAAGUAAAAUAAGAAGUUGAUAAGC